GUUAUUUAGUGUUCUUCCACUAACCAAACCAUAUACGUUACUCAUGAUGAAGAGACAGAGAGAAAAAGAAGAAGAAAAAGAGAGCAUGAAUUUAGCAACAAAUCUAAAGUUACUCUCUUCAUAUCGUACCCAUCAACACCAAAAGAACAAAACAUAUUUUCAAGAUCAGUUUGAGUGCAAAACAUGCAACCGCAAAUUCUCAUCUUAUCAAGCACUUGGUGGUCACAGGACAAGUCACAAGAAACUCAAACUUGAAGGAGAUGAAACAGUACUCAAAGGGUAUGAUCAUACAAAUAAGCAACCAAAAAUGCAUAAGUGUUCAAUUUGUGGACAAGAAUUCAAAUUGGGUCAAGCUUUGGGCGGACAUAUGAGAAGGCAUAAAAUUAAUAAUGAAGGGUUUUCCUCAUCUUGUAUGAAUUAUCAAGUGAUAGCAAAAUCUUCUCCUGUUUUGAAAAGAUCGAAUAGUAAAAGAGUGAUGUGUUUAGAAUUGGACUUGAAUUUGACACCUUUAGAAAAUGACUUGAAGUUCUUGUUUGGAAAUAAGGCGCCUCAAGUAGAUCACUCUUUAUUUUGAUUUUAGUAUCUCACUUUUUCUUUUUGUUGAUAUUUUUCUAUGUAAGAACAUUUAUGGAUUAAUUUAUUGAGUAUUUGUCUUCUCUUUUUUCUCCCAAUUAAAAUUUUGUUAUAUAAAUAUAUAAUUCUAUUGCCUGGUUGU